CCCUGCAGUACUUAUUCAGGGCCGUACUCAAUGAGUUCUUCGUAUUAAGCGCCCAAAGCUUUCAGCCCGCAUAACUACAAACUCGAAACCAACAAUCCCCAUGCCCAGUACCACCCCCUCAAUUGCAGGAUGUAUCGUCGGUUUCAAGGGCGGGGCCUGUGAUCUGGCGUUCUCUGCAAUUCUAUAUUCAUUCUGUUUACCAAGUCAAAAAAACUCUUGCAUUAUAUAUUUCUAUGCCUUGACCCAUUGCAAGUUCUGCAAAUCGGUUUUGAUAUGCCCAAGGAACCAGUUAUUGAACCCGACGAUGGAACGGCGACACAUCGCUGCCGAAUUCAAGAAUACGCUUCAGACUAUGUUUACAAGUGCACUGAUAAAAGGCCUAGCGACCUCUUGCUAUCUACAGGUUUCAAUUGUGCGUCAGCCAAUUGUAAAGUCUGUCUGGACCUCAAUUGGGAUUACUUUCCUUUUUCGGGUUGCGUAUUCGACAAGGCCCCCUUUACUUUCAAAUCUUUCGACUUCGAGAACAGAACUAUAACUACACAUGUACACCACCUAGAAGCAACACAAAAGUCUUGCGACUCGUGUAAGGUUAUAAUCCAAGCCAUCAAGCAGUCUUAUGAUUGGCUCUUGGCCUAUGAUGGCCCCGAAACCUGCUACGCUUCUUUCAUAGUGCAGAUUAUCCUCCAACCGGGAUUUACUGUACUAGUGGCGGCUUCAGACCAAGUCAGUAUCAACUUUCCGCGGAUUGAACUAUUCACAGAAGCUGGUAAGUAGAGAUGGUCAGUGGUAGACAAUGUUCAGCGCUAAAUAGCAAUCAGGUAAACCGUCCACUUGGAAGGCCUUAGGAAAUGCCCCACGCCAUAGCCACCUACCUCCCACGUUCCCUACUUGCGUGGAUUUCAUCAAGGAACACCUUGACUUGUGUUAUGAACAUCCAGCUUGCGAGCAGCCUGUUAGAGAAUUACCUACACGUAUAGUUGACGUUAGCAUACUGCGCAAACCUCGACUGGUUACUUCGCAAGGAAAGCGUGCGAGAUACCUCACGUUGAGUCAUUGCUGGGGGAAUCAAGACUACAAACCGCUUGUAACGACGAAAGAGUCGUUGGAUGCUCACCACUCUGAGAUACCUUGGGCGUCACUCAGUUCUACGUUCCAACACGCCAUGAUCAUUUCUCACAAAGUGGGAUGUCGAUAUUUGUGGAUUGACAGCCUUUGCAUUGUCCAGGAUGACCCUUCGGAUUGGGCCAUUGAGUCCACGAAGAUGGCUGAAAUAUACAUGAAUUCAGAGCUGACAAUCUCCGCCGUCUCUGCAAAAGAUGGUCGUGGUGGUUGUAUUGUCCCUAGGCCAAUGCAACCGCCGGACCAGCAUCUAUUCCCACAGAAUGACACUGAACAAACCCUUGAGCCCAAGAUAGAGAACAUCUUGUGUCGCGCUCCUCCAUCUGACUCCCACAGGAUAGCAGAGGUGUUGCCUCUACUAACCGACGACUACGAUGGGGAAUUGGAAGGCGUUGUUCGUAACGAAGAGUCGCCGCUCAUCAAAAGAGCAUGGGUGUUCCAGGAGAGUGUACUCUGUCGCCGCAACGUUCUUUUCAACUCCCAAGAAAUGAUAUGGGAAUGCAGACACAGUCUCAACUGCGAAUGUGGAUACCUCCGAUGGCUUCAAAACCGACGUGCUGAUUUAGUACGCGAUCAUCCUUUGCUUGACACUCCAAGUCCUGGUUGGAAAUCGCCAUUUACGACGCUAGAAACGACAACGGAUCCUAAAUUGGAAGCCAUGACCGAUGAGUGGUAUAAACUCGUACUGGCAUAUUCUGCUUUACACAUCACCUAUCAGACUGAUAGACUCCCAGCACUUUCUGGCCUUGCUAGCGAAUUUUCUAAGAAACUCAAAACCAAGUAUCUCGCUGGGCUCUGGGAAUCAGACCUUUGGAGAGGGCUUCUAUGGCUACGACCCGAAUUCUACAAUCGUAAAACCCGAUGCGCCCGACUUACUGGAGAAGCCUCCUCGAUUCCAAGCUGGUCGUGGGCGUCGAUAAUCCAUGAUCAUCAUGAGAAUGCUCCUAUAUACGUUUUUGCAUCCUCUCGUGUAAACAUCAAAAAAGAUGACCGAUUUACCACCAUCUCGGCAAAUUGUACCACGACCACAGAGAACAUUUUUGGCCACGUCUCAGGCGGUACGUUAAAGAUCCGUGGUGCACUCUUGACGAUCAGGCUCUACUCACGUGGGUAUUGGGACGAUAUGAAGACUUGCGAGGUUUUUCUAUGUGACCAACAUGAGCAGAUCAUUACGACUGAACAAUCUUAUCCCGCCUAUAAUCAUGGCGCUGAGCGUUUUGACAUGGUAUUUGAUGUUGGGCAUGGUGGAGCUCCCAAAGAGGUCUCUCGAUUGGAGACUAUAUAUUGUUUGUGCGUGGCGGGUAGCCUACUUGGAAGACUCAAGGACGGGGAGAAAGAGGAAGUGUAUGCUCGAUGGUGUUUGGUUCUCAAACUUGUUGAUUUUGAUAACACCUUUCAGCGCGUUGGUGUCUUCAAUUAUACACCCUUUGGACUAGAGUAUAACAGAGAUGGGGAGUUGAAACAUGGCCAUAGGCCACGUACAGAUUGGUUUAAAGAUGCACCCAUAGAAGUGGUAAAUAUUUUCUAGGUAUGUACAGUGCUACCCACCAUCUAUUAUGUUGCUACUAACUUUGAGGAGGAACCUCCUUUCAGGAUAUCGGUUAUACAGAUGUAUAUAUAUAUAUAUAUGAAUAU